UGAAGGCCUUCAGCUUUCAAGGAACUAAACGAAACGAAUGGUAUGGCCUGUGUUGAAAUUUUAAGUGCUGUGUUGUUUUUAUUUUAUCUUCGCAGAAUGGGUUAUCUACUUUAUAAAGUAUUUUAAUUACGUCGCACGAUUUUAUGCCACACAGAUCAUUUUAAUCAUUCUUAAAGAAAAAACAGCAAGGAGAUCUAAAUCUAGAAAAGUAUUAAAAAAAAAAAUUGGCAUCUUAAAAAAAAAGUACGGAAAAGAAAGAGAAAUCACAGCUGAAAAACAUCAUAAAAAGAAGAAAGACCAUUUCUUAAGUGGGAGAAAAUAAGUCGCUUUUGUGUGUUUAGUGAUAAAAAUGUAUGAUAUACCUGCCAAAAUAACAAAAGACAGGCUGCCUCUUUGAUUUUGCAAUGGAAAUAUAAUUAAAACCAACAAAGUUGAUUGGUUCAAACAUGGAAAAAUGCCCACACGUUGAGACACUGGUUGUUUCUAACAUUGAUUCAAUCCUCGACCCUACACGUUGGCAGUGUUCAGUAUGUGGCACGACAGAAACGGUUUGGGCAUGCUUGAGUUGUUCUAAUGUUGCCUGUGGUCGACAGAAUGAACAACAUGCUGAGAAGCACUUUCAGACAACUCAGCACCCACUGGCAAUAGAGAUAAAUGAAAAAUAUGUUUACUGCUACAUUUGUGAUGAAUAUAUUAUCGGAAACCUUGAAAAUGGAGACAUUGAAACAAUCAGAACAGCUUUAACAGACAUUGGUACCAUGUCCCCACAGGAGGCGCUUGAUAAAGGAGGAAAGUUGCUCCAGUCCUACACGCACCAACAAGAAAUUUCAAGGACAAAUGCAGACGAGGAUGAUAGGUAUAUCACUGCUGAGUGCCACCACAGAAAAGCAUUACUCUCCAGAGUGCUGUCGGCAUGGCAAACUUAUGUACAAAAUGAAAAAGAGCAAAAGAUAAAAAAAAGUCAAACCUCAUCUGGGCAACCCCCAAUGCUGACGCGGGCGAGGUCCAGCUUAUUCCACGUCAAGAGGAGGACACUAAUUCCUGGGGUCACUGGUCUCCGUAACCUUGGCAACACCUGCUACAUCAAUUCCAUUCUACAGUCUCUUGGCCAUUUGGAAGAUUUCCGAGAAUAUUUCUGCCAGCUUGUGUUUGGCCUGUUUUCUCCCAGUGGUACUCCUGUACCUGGCUCAUCACCCUCCAGUCUUUCCCCUUUGUCCCUCAGAAAUGUCCGGCUCAACACAGUUGAUUACUUCCAGCACUUAAACUACCGGCCAUCAACACAACUAUCCAGCAGUAUAAAAUCUUCAGCCAGUGAUCCCAGCAAGAAAGGUGGCCUGAAUGGUGGAGGCAGUAGCGCCAGUGCUGAACCUCUGGAUGAGGCCCCUAUAGAGCCAAUGGAACAGGUCAAAUCAGAGGCUCUUGAAACUUUAUCACUUUGUCAGGAGAUGCACGGCCUCCUCCGUGUUUUAUGGUCAGGUAAAUGGGCACAGGUCAGUCCCCAUGGAUUCUUGCAUGCUGUGUGGAAGGCAAUACCAGCAUUUAAAGGUCAUUUGCAACAUGAUGCUCAGGAAUUUUUAUGUGAACUUCUGGACAAAGUAUCUCAGGAAAUAGAAAACUUGCCCCAGUGUAAUGGAGUAGAAAACAUUGUUGAUCAAAGUUUUCGCGGUGAAAUUAUUAGCCAGGUCACUUGCAUGUCGUGCACCAACGUUUCAUCAAGACACGAACCAUUUCUUGACCUCUCACUGGAGUUCCCCAGGUGUUUCCAGUACACAGCAAGUCAGGUCAAGCGUAACAUGUGUCACCUCACAGAAAUGCUGUCAACUUUCACAGAUGUAGAAGAGUUAGAGCCUCUGUCAUAUAUAUGUGAAAAAUGCAACCAAAGGAGACGCAGGCCUGCAAGCAGACAGCCUAUUGUUAGAACCAAUGCAAAGAAACAGUUGCUCAUCAGCAGGCCCCCUGAAAUCUUGAGGCUGCACUUAAAAAGAUUUAGGUGGUGUGGUCGAAAUCACAGAGAGAAGAUUGGCACCCAUGUUGCAUUUGAUGAGGAACUAGACAUCUCCCCAUUUUGCCAAGGCAAGCCUGAAGUGGCCAAGUACAAACUGAAUGCUGUGGUUGUCCACCAUGGUGCAGGCUUCAGAGCUGGUCACUACACAGCUUACACCUUUAACAGUUACGCUGAGUCCUGGCUCCACUGUAAUGAUGCCCGUGUCCAGCUGGUCCCCCUCACUGAAGUACUUGGCUCCCAGGCCUACAUUCUGUUUUACACCAGGCAACUGACCACAGUUAACCUAGAGGACAUGCCAGCAUUGAUUGGGAAGAGUGGGGAGCCAGACACCUUAUCCACACUGUCCACCAUACCUGAACUAGACCAGGAGAUGAUGGAAACCCUGCGGCAGCUGACCCCCGGACAAACUGUGCAAGCAAUAGACGACGAGGUGUCUAUCAGCUUCCAUAGAGAUCCAGUGCUGGUCAAAAGGCUGUCCUCGCCUCGAACUGACCACAAAAAUAAAAGGACGUCGUCCACGCCGACUGACGAAGAACCCCCUCCCCCUAAGACAGUCAGGCACAUGGAGAAUUUAUGAAUGGAGACUUCCCUGUUUUAAAAAUGUUAUUUUGUUGACAAAAUCUUUGGUUGUUAUUUUUUUUUGCCUAUGCAAAACAAGUCUUGAUUUAAAACUACACUAAAAGGAGAAAUAUUUACAACUGCUUAGAACAGUUAGAAGAGUAAGCUGAGUAAUUGUAAAUACAAUAAAAAAUUUCACAACUUCAUGUCGUAGAUAAAAUUACUCUGCUGAAUUUGAAGUAUUAUUUAUUCACGAGCAUACUUGCGUUCGACCAUCAAAUGUUAUGUUUUGUUUAUUAAUCAUAUUUCAAAUAUUCGUUUAUUUGUUCAUAAUCUAACUUAUUAAGUUGUAGUACAUUUUGUUUUUCAAAAACCACUUUACCUUAUAACAUUUUUAUUUUUGAGGUAAUAAACGCUAAAUAUUUAACAUUUUAUGACUUAAGUUUUCUGACAAAAUCUACCUCACCCUUUUUUUCUACUCUAAUUGUGCUAAGUACAUUGAGUCAACUGUUUGUCCGAGUUGUCACACAUUAUUUAAAAAGCAAUUUGGAAAAAAAUGUUUAUCUUAAUCCUUUAGAAAACUAUUAUUGGCAUACAUUAUAAAAAUUACUAUUGGUUAUACUUUUUUUUUUAAAUUCUGUGAACAACUUAAUUGUUUAAUGGUAAUCUUCUAAAUAAUUAUCAAAUUUUUUUUUACAUCAGUAGUCAGAACUAGUUUUUUCUAAUCUCUUUGAAUAUGUUAUGAUGAUAUUCAUUGCAUACCAAGUAAAAACACCAACAAAACUUGAAAUGUAUUAUUUAUAUAAAAUAUUCUCAAUAUGUUUGUUGUUGUAAAAACGCUACAUUUGAUCUCAGCCGACCAUGACGAUGUAUUGUAACUAUUCAAACUUAUUGCUAUACUUGUAUGUGUAUAGUGGCAUGCCAACCUUGGUCUAAUGUACCCGAGCGAUUUGAUAAACUGUUGGAAAUACUUGGAAUGGUCACUUCUUACAUUCACUUAUUUUGUCUGAUCGUGUUUUUAUUAUUUUAAUAUUUACUGACAAUAUACACUCAUGUUAUAUGAAGGAUGGUAUGGUCAGGUGUUAGAGCAAAUGACUGCUAACCUAAACAUCUAGAGUUCAGUUGAUUUUACAGUAAUUGAAGUCUAUCUGACUGUAACCAGGGACAAAUAUUUUCACAUACCAAAUCUACUAAACAGGUUAACUCUACUUCAUCCGUCUGGGUACAUGACUGUAGUCAGGAGAGAGUUAAAGACCAUUUGGCUAUGGUUCUGACCACACAGCACUUUCACAUACCAAUUCUGCAAAACAGAUGAAAUCUACUUCAUCGCCCUGUGAGCCAAUAUGCCAGUUAGUUGAUGAAUCUUAUUCUGUAAGGAAAACACAGUAUGCCCUGGUUGGCAUUUGAUUUUAAUUUUGUAAAUAAAUGACAUGUUUUCUUCAUGUUUGAAAAAAACUCAGUGUCUUCAUGUUUUGAAUGUUGUACUGUUGAAUACAGUUCUCAGUAUUAUUCUUACAACUAUCUCUUGAAACUAAGCAAAUUUGUUUUGUUUUGUUUGUUUAAAAAUUAUAUUUUUUACUCUUCUUCCUUAUUCCAGUGCUUCCAGUAGAGGCUACAUUUUGUUUUCUAAUUGUGUCUCAGAUUGUCUGUCUUUGAUUGUGUCUCUAAUUGUGACUUUUGUCUUAAAUUUUUUACCCUCAGUGCUUCCAGUAGAGACUAAAUUUACUUUCUACUUGUGUGUCUUUCAGUGUUUCUUCCAGACAUCUUUUCG